AAUUAUUAACUUAAAAAACUACUUUAAACUUAAUAAUUUAUUUAUUAAAGAGAAACGUCAAAAAAUGACAGUUAAAAAAAGGGAUCUAUUUUAUCCACUUCGUCUACACGAACAAUAACAAUAAUUUUUAUUCAAAAAUUAAAUAAUAAACAUGGAAAUAUGUCGAUUAUGUUUCAAUUCAACAUCAAAUUCAUACACACCUUUAAAUUUAAACGACGGAAGCGCCCACCGUAAGCAAUUACAAAUAAUUCUCCCAGAAAUAGAUUUAAAGGCGAUUUUAUCGCCGGUGUUGUGUUCAAAUUGCUCAACAACCCUCGAAGACGUUUUUAUUCUAAGAAAAACUUGGCUAGAAUGCGAGAAAAAGCUAAAAAAUUACUUGGAAAACACACAUAACCUCAACAAUCCUUGUUUAUUUGAUGUAAUUAAGGAAGAUAGUAAAUUGGGGAUUUCAAACGCUCCCAUUAAUUUAAACGAAGAAGAGGAAAUAAAAAAUGAGCUUGAAUUAGAUGAUUUUAAUUUGGAUGAGGAUAUAAAAAUCGAAAAAAAUGAAAUUUGUGAUAUUUGCACGAAAAAUGAGUGUGAUUGUCAAUAUUCUUGUUUGAUAUGCUCCAAAAAGUUUAAAACGUCGCUUAAAUUACAACGACACAGCGUAACACACAACUCUAAUAGACCACGGCCUUAUUCAUGUGAUAUUUGCCAAAAAUGUUUUUAUGUAAAAUCCUCUUUAAUUAAUCAUCAAGCAACUCAUUCUGAGUCACGAAAAUUCUCAUGUGAUCAAUGUGAAGGAUCUCAAUUUGCUUGUAAAAAAUAUUUAAGUGACCACAUAAGACGAGUGCAUAUAAAAAGGGAAGAAAAGUUAUUCAUUGGGGAAUUCCGCUGCGAUGUUUGUUUAAAAGUUUUUAGUACUUUAUUAAAAAUGAAACGGCAUAAAGCAACAUUGCAUAAAACGAGGUCAAGGAAGCACAUUUGUGAAGAUUGUGGCCAAAGCUUUUAUACAAAAUCAACGCUAAAUAAUCAUAAAGCAACGCAUGUAAUAUCAAAAGAAUUUUCUUGCGAAAAAUGCGGAUUGUGUUUUGCAUCGAAAAAGUAUUUAAUGGAUCAUUCAAGACGGUUACAUGAGACUUUAAAAAAAGUACAAUCUGAAGUUGGCGUUUUUGAAUGCGACAUGUGUAAUAAAAAAUUUACACAAAAACGCUACCUCACUCAACAUAUAUCAAACAUACACAUGGGAAUAAAAAAAAAACGACCCCCAAAAAAUUUAAAAUGCGAAUAUUGUGGGAGAAUUUUUACAAGCGAUAACUUAUUAACCCUACAUUUACGCACUCACACCGGUGAGCGUCCCUACAAAUGCGACGAGUGCGAAAAAAGUUUUGCUCAAGCAAGUUCGUUAAGAACACACAAACAAGCGAUACACAGCAACGAAAAACCUUACGCUUGCGAGUAUUGCGGUAAAAAAUUCUCAACGAAGGGAAUGUUAUUAAAACAUAUUCAAAGUGUUCAUAUCGCCGAUUCGAUCCCAAAAAAUCAUAAAUGCACCUUUUGUGGGAAAGCGUUUCGAACGCAAAGCCAAAUGCUAUCUCACAUGAAAUGGCACACAAACGAUCGGCAAUUUAGUUGCGACUUAUGCGAAAAAAGUUUCGUUAAUAACGGCGGUUUAAGAAAACAUCGAAAAAUUCAUUUCGACGAAAAAGAACAUAAAUGCGAAUUUUGUGGGAAAGGAUUUCAUCAAAAAUUUAAUUUAAAAAUACAUAUGAAAGUACAUAUAAGAAUUGAACAUUAUCUAUAUUUUAAUUCGGAGGAGUCUUUUCAAAUUGAAGCGCCAGAAAGAGGGUCAGUUUUAACCAAAAAUUACACUAGGAAAAUUCGAGAUGUUGCACGUCUCUCAGUCUAGGUCUUAUGUUAGUGAUAGUGCCAGUUUUAGUUCAAUAAAAAUAUACAACAUAGUGCGGAAAAGUAACUAACAUUAGAUUAACUUUAGUUAUAAAACUUCUAUUAUAUGAUAACUAAUCUCAAUUUCAAAUGUCAACCUCAAUUUUUACUUAUUUGUAA